GCAAUCAGGAAAAGCGUCUCAGGUGGCGGACACCAAACCGCCCAAGUGUGUUUAUUUCUAAGGUUCAGCUCUCAUCUCAUCUGUGCAGCCUGUCAGAGAUGAUGUUACUGAGAUAUAACAGCGACCCUGAGACUUUAACGCCGUUUGGUUUUCUCGCGUUGACCGACUGAACUCAGACCUCAGGAAAGAAGGCACAGAAAAGAAAAGGCGACUUCUUGUUGAAUGGCAAUUCUACAAAAACAUGGCAAGAACUCCAGUCCAGACCUGGCCAGUGUUAAAGACGGUUCUGCAGAUCAUUUUGAAGCAGUUGGACACCAGAAAAAGUGGCCUGAGUCAAAUCAGUGCUGGUCCAGGCCUGUAGCACGGAUCUGGACAGUGGUGCUGCUGUUGGGGACAUGUCUCUUGUACUGUGCCCGUGUGGCCAUGCCCAUCUGUGCCGUGAGCAUGGCCGAGCGCUUCAGCUGGUCCAAGAGGGAGUCAGGAAUGGUGCUGGGCAGCUUCUUCUGGGGCUACUGCUUCACUCAGGUCCUUGGCGGCUACAUCAGUGACAGGGUGGGAGGAGAAAAAGUGAUGUUGCUGUCUGCUGCAGCAUGGGGAGCCAUGACCGCGUUCACGCCCAUCCUGGCCCACUUCUGCUCUCAGCCCAUCGUCUCCAUGACCGUGUCCCGCUUCCUCAUGGGCCUCCUGCAGGGUGUUCAUUACCCCUCUCUGGCUAGUCUGUGCUCCCAGAAAGUGGUGGAGAGUGAGCGCGGUUUCCUCAUGAGCACUGUAGGGAGCGGCUCAUAUCUGGGGACAUUGGUGAUUGGAGGAAUAGGCUCACUCAUGCUGGACCUGUAUGGUUGGGAGAGUGUGUUCUACAUCUCCGGCCUCCUGUCAGUGCUUUGGGCUUACUGUAUGUGGAAAUACCUUCUGAAGGGAGAAGGUCCCAUCAUUACACUAGAAUCACUGGGCAGCGCUGGAACCCAGUCCAAACUGUCCCGAAGAAACUGGCUUCGUCUCUUAAAACAACCAGCUGUGUGUGCGGUCAUUAUUACACACCUGUGCACUGCUAGCACCUUCUUCACCCUGUUGUCGUGGCUGCCGACUUUUUUUAAGGACACCUUCCCUGAUUCCAAGGGUUGGAUCUUUAAUGUGAUCCCGUGGCUUGUGGCCAUUCCCUCCUCGCUGUUCAGUGGCUGCCUGUCCGAUCACCUGAUCAGCCAGGGGUUUGAUAUUGCUUCAGUGAGAAAGUUAAUGCAGUUCUUUUCUAUGGGUGUAUCCAGUGUGUUCACACUGUUUCUAUGUGGCACCACUACGUUCCCCAUGGCUGUGGCCUUUGUGUCUGCUACUAUGGGCCUGACCACCUUCAGUCACAGUGGUGUUUCAGUUAACGUCCAGGAUCUUGCACCGUCCUGUGCUGGUGCGUUGUUCGGUGUGAUGAACACCUGCGGUGCAUUUUCAGGGGUGAUCAUGGUGUAUUUCUCGGGCUAUCUGAUCGAGACCACAGGCUCAUGGGCGUCAGUGUUUGCCCUCAUCACCGUAGUGAACCUCUUGGGUUUAGGAAUGUUCCUAACGUAUGCCGAGGCACGCAGGGUUGACCUCGAAGCUAUGAAGGGACGCUACAUACACAUCUGAGCAAAGAGAAACGGAACACAAACCCGUUUUUAAUGGAUGCCUUCUGCAGACCGGGACACUACAGAGUUUGCAAGGACAGUCUGCACUGUAAUUUCCAUCCCUUCUGUACUGUCACAACUUCAGCAGGAUCUGGCAGCGUUGGCUCGAUAGGUUCCGACGCCAGCUACACCAGUCUUGCAGUAUUAGUUUUUCUUCUCGAGUGUCUCGCGGUUACAAUACGACAAAGUUACUGAAUCUGAAACUAUGAAGAAUUUUGGCUGUAGUUGUGUAGUCUAUUCUAAAGUAAAGUCAUCUACAAAGACUGAAAAUUCUGUUCUGAAAAAAUGUAAAGGUGAAAAAAAUCUAAAGACUGCACGUUUUGUUGUGUGGUCCUUUUCUCUAUUUGUUGAGCAGCUUGGCUUGACAAAACUCAGGCAUCAUCAUCAUCAUCAUUGGCAUUAUUGUCUAUGUAGGAAUUUUUAUUAUUUUUUUUUUUUUUGAGACCCUUUGUCUCAUUGCUUUUGCUUACCAUUUGCUCUCGUCUUUAUUUAAUUUGAAGACCAAAGAUAAUCAGUUAUUGACCAAUUUUUUUUUUCACAUUAAUUCAUAUCAUAUUAUGAACACUGCAUGAUUUCCAGUCCUAGAACAUGUUCAACAUUCCCUGAUGCACAUCUCAAGCUUUCAUAUUUUUGUUCAUCGAUCAAAAACCGUAGCCUUUAAAAGCUGCUUUUGUGAGGUAUUCAAUGUUCCUGGCAAAGCUGAGCACUUAAUGAUGUGGGUUGAUGUUUCUAGCAAAGAAGCAACACUUACAGCACUGUGUGGCCUGAGAAACAUCACAGAUGUACUAGUGAUUUUUCUAGUAUUACUUUUUGUUCCUCCACAGUGGUAUAAGAGUAGGCAGAGUACAGACUAAGUACAGAGCUGAGCAGUGGAUGGUAAAGUGGCUCGGUCAAGGGUUCAACAGUGGGACCUUUCAAUCCCGGCUGUUAGCGCAUUUGCUUGUUGGUAAAAACAGAAAGUCGCACCAGGAAAGAACACCGAUCUGAAAGAUCUGUAAUGUAAGAACUGUGAAUGUUGCUACCUUUUAAUAAUGAGAUUAUUCUGUUACAUUUUUGUUUUUGUUUUUUUUUCUUUCAAAUCGUUUUGACCAAAUUUCUUUUGAAUUCCACUCAAAAGUAUUUAUUACUGUGAUUAGUAGCAGAUCUUCACAUAGAAUGUCAAGAAUUGUCGAGCGAGCUUAACGUGUCCUUUUGCUUUAAAAAUAUCCGACAUAUCCUGACCUCUACACCGACAUCAUUUCAACCAAAUUAUUUUAGCUUGUGUAUUAUUUACUUUAAUACAUAAUUCUAUCACUCUUUUUUUUUUUUUUUUUUUUUAAACAAAAAUCUAAUCAGAGGAAGCUUUUGUGAGAAACUUUUUCGUUUUUGUUUCAGUUUCGCAAUUUUAGCAUAAAAUGUCACUCUAAGUAGCUUGUUUACUUCUUCAGUUACUCGAGGCCUGUAGAGAGAUUAUGGCAGCACCAUUUUUAUACGGUUUUCUAGAAUGUUUGUUACGUGUGGAAAAAGCACCUUAACAGUAGCUUGGUUAAGUUUUGCUUAGUUUCUCGGUCAGAAAGUCUGACUGGAACAAAUUAAGUGGAGAACUAGGUGUCGAGCUAGUCUGACAUUCAACCUGAAUAAGUUUCUGAAAAGCAUCUUUAUUGUUGCACCAUGCCUUAUAUCCACAAGGAAAACGCUUACAAAUGUUUAUUUUUUACAAUAAUGUUUAUUGGUCAAGCUUGUGCACAAAUGUCAUGUUCACAAAGGAGUUCAAAUGCAGUCUGGUUUUGUUGUUUUUCUUAUACAUAGUGGUAUAAUAAUAAUAAUAAUAAUAAUAUAUACAUCAAACUAUUUCAGCUGUUAACAUUUCAAAAACUUGCUUAUAGUGUAGCUGUUUCUGUAUUGACUCUUUUGCCAAAAGUACUGUGCUUUGUAAAUGCUUUAUAUUAAACAUCGCCAUUAUGUUUUGAAGUCCACAAUAUUCCAUUGAAGUCGGAUGUAAACUGAGUAAUUACAUUGAUCAUGUUUCUGUGGUUUAAUUGACUGUCAUAUUCUGUAAAAAUAUAAAGGAGCAUCGUGUGACCCAUCAUUUUAUUUUUAAAGUAGAAAGCUAAGAGAAUAUUGUCGAAUUGUUUAAACAUGAAAAUGACCUUGAAAAGAAAUGUCAGAAUGCAAUAUGCUUUAGAAAACCUGCUAUUUGUAGACCUUUUGUCCUAAAAAAUAAAAAUAUAUUUUAUCAA